AUGCCAAGACCUUUAGAUGCAGACGAGGAAGUCCUUUUAGAGGAUAUAUAUACCAACAUCAAACAAGAAGACCUCCACACCUCAAUUGCAUUUAUCACUGCCCUCCAGAAUGCUUCCUUGAAUGACACCAGUACUGGACUUAGCAAAGAGGCAAUCCACCGCCUUCGCGAUCCUCCAACACACCAACUCUCAUUAGAUGAUGACAAUGCUCUUCAUUAUAUCAAAGCCCGUGCAGCUCAUAUAGAGUAUGACGGUGUCAAACUCCCCUCGCUCCAUCAAAUCAAGAGAAUUGUUGCUGAACUUGGUGGGGUUGAGGAAAUGGUGCACGACAUGUGCAUCAACACAUGUGUUGGCUUUACAGGUCCAUUUUCACUCCUGGACCACUGUCCUGAAUGCGAUGAACCUCAUUAUGAUCAGGAUGUGAUACUUCGAACUCAUAGCAGAUUUGUCUCUGUCCCCAUUGGCCCCCAACUGCAGGCGCUAUACUGUGAUCCGCAGAGCGCACAAGAGAUGUGUUACCGCAAUAAGUGCACCCAGGAAAUCAUUGAGGAGCUUGAAUGCGAAGAUGGUCACAAGCAGUCUCGGAGUGAUUUCAUUGACGGGACUGACUACCUGGAGGCAGUUGCAGCAGGCAAAAUCGCAGACAAGGACAUUGUUCUCAUGAUGUCCAUUGAUGCAUCUGACUGCUGGAUGUCAAUAUGGGUUGUAUUUGACCGUUCCCCAGAAACAAGUGUCAUUAUUCCUGGCCCUCGCAAACCCAAAAACCUUGACUCCUUCCUAUUCCCUGGAUUCCAUCACCUUGCAGCACUUCAGAACGAAGGUCUCACUGUAUGGGAUGCAAUGCACGACACAAUUUUCAUCUCCCAUCCUUUUCUAGCACUAGGAACUGCCAACGGUCCUGGACUUGCAUACCUCAAUGGCCUCAUUGGCCACCAUGGGAAGAAUGACUAUUGGUUGUACUAUGCUGGGUGCCCGCACUAUUACCCAGCACAUACGAGGCCCCCUGGCUAUAAUGUUGAAGGCUGCAAUCAUCCCGAUGUGGAUGUCAAAAACCUCCCCACAUGUUCUUCAGAUAUCUGCUGGAAAAACCUGAUAUAUAAGCGAUGCUUGGAAAUGGGUAUCUCAAAACAAAGCAUAUUUCUUGGUUUCUUGUCUGCUCACACCUUCAACAUUAUGCACCUCAUUUCCCUCAACAUUCCUGACCUCUUGAUCCCUCUGUGGCAUGGCACAUUUGAAUUUCUUACUGGAAAUGUCUGGAAAGAUUUUGGAAAAGCCGUCGCUGCAACAACCCCACAUCUUCUAGGUUUCUUUGAUUGCCCCCCUCGCAAUCCAGCUGAAAAAAUCAACAGUGGCUACAAGGCACGGGAGUUCGCUAUACUCCUCUAUGGGAUAGGUCCCUUGGUACUUCAUAAUCUCAUCCAUGCUGUUCGCAUAAUUUCACAGUACAACAUCACACACAAGCAGCUUCAAGUUUCUGAGUUUGAGCAGCUCUAUUACCAUAUUCACACCCUCGGACAUUAUGGACCACUUAUUUGUGCUUCACAGUGGACUAUGGAGCACACUAUUGGGAACCUUGUUGGGGAGAUCCAUCAGCCAUUGAACCCAUAUGCCAACCUCACACAAUGUGCCAUUUGCAGAGCUCAGCACAAUGCUUUGAUGGUUAUGAUCCUGACUCUUGAUCCAGAUUAUGGAAAACCAUUGUAUCCAAGAUGGUCGAAGGACCUUGGAAAUGGAUAUGCAUUACUGAAGCUACAAGAACAUUCUUGCCAUGCUACCACAAUGGCUGAGGGCAUCACAAUCAAGGUUUUCCUCGAUGCACACUAUCCAUAUUCCCCAGAGUAUUCCUUCUUUGAUCUGUAUCAGUGCUUUCGAGUGUGUUGUUGGGCAUGUCUUCGACUCCCCAAUGGACAAACUUGCCGCUCACUCUCUAUUGCAGGGGUAUUAUACUUUGCCGAAGCACUGUUUUUCUUUGAGAUCAGAACACACCCUGAUGCACAAGUACUUGAACCUCUCACUCUCAUCUCCAUCUACUCGCAUCCUGACCGAGCCCUCUUGCAAGAGUUGAGUGACACAUUCUACACCUGUAAAAAUCGUGGGGAAGCAGGACUAAGGGUAGUUAGGGUUUCAUCUAUCCAGUCUGUUGUUGCAAUGAUUCCACACACACUUGCAGGCGAGGAGAGAUUUUAUAUGUUCAAGAAGCCUGGGAUGGAUCUGGCAAACCUAGGGGAGAUCCUUUGGGAUGAGGAUGACGAGGAUAAUCAAGCUACUUAG